GCGGAAAUGAUACUUGGAGAUACUCAAACAUUCGUCCUCUUGUUCAGUAGCUGAUGCACCCAAGAUGUCAAAAUAGCUGCCUAGGUACAGUAACAGUCGUAGUGUAUGACGUAGCCAUGAUGUUGCCGUAGAUAGAGCCCACCCCGAAAGACAUCACUGCCACCACGAAUCUCAAACAACACCACUAUCCCGUUGCUGAAACGCACAAUACAAUGAAGAUCGCUCUUCUCGGUCCAACAGGCCAAAUAGGCCACUCCAUUCUCCGAGCUCUGCUCACAACCACCUCACACGACCUCCUCCAAAUAGUCUCCCCAGGAUCCGAGUCCACCGCGAAAUCCAAUGCAGAGGAAUUCACCCCCGAGCAGAAAAAGCGUCUAUCGACGGAGGUCGCUGACCUCCUCUCCGCACGAGCAGAUGAUCUAACCGGACUCUUGGAGGGCGUCGAGAUCGUCAUCAGCGCUCUAAACGGCAAAGCCCUCUCCGCACAGCGGACAGUCCAAGACGCCGCAGCGCACGCAGGCGUGAAACGAUUCUACCCAAGCGAGUAUGGGAUGCAUCACGUCUACCGGUCUCCCGACGAGAGCGAUCAGCGGGGGUACCUGCAUUCAACGUGGAACCUCAAGUCGACCGCUAACGAGGAGUGUCUGCACCACUCCGCCAUUGCUGAAGGCAAGAUGACGUACACGCUUAUUGGCUGCGGCGACUUCUAUAACCAGCCGCGCGAGGAGACGUGGUGUCCGUGGGCGAAGCCCGAUCGAGCCGAGUACACGAUCCACAUCGUGGGCAAUGCCGAUGCAAAGGUUGAUUUCACGCAUAUUGACGAUCUCGCUGCGUUUCUAGUUGAGACGAUCGCGCAUCCGGAGAUCUCGGAGAAUCGCACGCUGAACUUCGUGAGCGAUCACAUCUCGUAUAACGAGAUCGUGGAAUUGCUUAGCAGAUACUCUGGGAAGAAGGUUAGCAAGAAUAUUUAUCCCAUUGACGUCAUGCACAAGGUCUGGAGAGAUCCAGAGGCUGUACCCGAAGAGGUCAAGGGGAAGAGUGUAUUUCCGGACGAUUUCUGGAUCCUGGUCAAGGGGAUGCAGGGGUCAGGACGGUUUUGGAGGCCGCCCGGGGAGGUGCAUAAUGAGCUCUUUCCCAAUGUACGUGUAAGGACCUUUGAGCGGUACUUUCAGGAGAUGUUUGGCGAGAAAUGA